CUAGUUUUAGGCAAGAAAGAGAACAAAAAUGCUCCUGGUCACGUAGGUUAUGUCUGCCAGAAGCCCCACCAGGAGUGGGAAAUGACCCAGAUCAGCCCCCACAUCCGAGACUGAAGGGCUCACUUUUUCCUACAGAGAAGACAGGAUGUGGUGUUCUCUGCAGACAAAGAGAAAGGGCUCCCCCAGCCCAACCCAGAGUAUGUUUCAUAGUCAAAAGUACAAUUUGAUUCACUGCUGGAAUCCUUUUUUCUGCAGCUUAUUUGUCUGAAGAAUCAGAUCGUGACAGGAAGGCAGCCAGGCCUGCGUCCCUCUCCCCCUGUGCCCAAAGGAGGACUCUGCUUUGCUUUGCUACACUGAGGAGGGAAUAUCAAAAGGCAUGAUGGAUGGGUGUGAGGAGAGCACACCACGACCGCGUUGUUUUUUACCCAUGCGUGUUGCAGAGUUGUGUGAUUUAUCAGAAGACGGGGAAAGCACAUUGAAAGAAAACAAAAGUGAAUGAAAGGAAGAGGAGUCAUUCCCAGAGUUACUAGAAAGGGUUGCAAGAGGCCCAGUCCUCUUGCCCCAAAGGAAGUGGGCAAAUGCUCCACUGCCAGGAGAACAGAGAUAUCUACUUUGGCUGGGGCAAAGCACUUGGUGCGCCAGCAUCGAGAAGAUGAUGUCAGCCUCUGGACCUUUGGGGAUGGCAAACUUCUGGGAUGGGAGAAGCCUGGUUGUGCGGAUGCUGCUGCUGCUGCUGCGCUGUGCCGUGUCCGGGAAGCUGAGUGGACUGGCUGCUGGUGAAUCCCAAGCUUUGCUUUGCUAUAAAGAAUCCUGCAGAGCCCGGACUGUCACCUGCCGGUGGAAGCCUGAGAAUGCCUCCAAAGCCAACUAUACCCUCAAACUCAGGUACCAAGAUGAAACGAUGAAUGAGUCGUUUCAGGCUGGAGAAAGCACCUCCUUUUCCUUUGAUCAGAACAAAGUCUCAGCUCUGAACAAUGUCACCAUCUGGGUGGAGAACUAUGCUGAUGGCUUGAUAUUCAUUUCUGAGAAACGGAUGCUGCAAAUCAGCGAAGCUGUGAAGUUCAAUGCACCAGCCAGCAAGAACAUUAUCAUGUCCAAAGUGAAUGGGAUUCUGACCCUGAAGUGGCCCGAGCCAAAUGACUGUCCCCCCAUAAAGACGGAGGCUAGGACGUGGCACAGCAAGGAUGCAAAAUGGACCUCGGGAAGCUGUGAUUCUGAGAAGGAAGCAGGUGGCGGCAGUGCCACGCAACUCGUAGUCCUGUGUCACGUGGACAAAAACAUGGCUCAGGAGGUGCAGAUUCGGUACCGAACAUCCCAUUGGAGCAGCCACUGGAGUGACUGGAGCGAGUCCAUCAUGGUUCCUGCGGAAAUCCAUGAAAGUCCCUACGUGACCUACACCGUGGGGCAGCUGGGUCGCGAUGGCCUGAGGAACCUGACUCUGGAGUGGGAGAAACCCAGCAUGGAACAAGGGGAGGUGGAGUAUCGCCUGGCAUUCAUCCUGCUACCGUGCAAUUGUAAGGAGAGCGUCUAUGCGACGGAAAGCCACAGAACUUCGUACAAAACCGCCCUUUCUGGGGCUGGCUAUAACAUUUCUCUGCAAGCAUCAAACAAGGCUGGAAGUCCGCCGCCUUACACCUUCCAUCUCCCACCAGCACAGCAGCAAGAUUCAGCUCCAGGUCUCCCCUUCCUGAAUAGCAGUCUGUCUGGCAAGCGCCUGACUGUCCAGUGGCCGGUAAAGACAUCCACAGAGAUCUACUGCUUUGAGGAGCAGCCCCUGGGUGAGGCCAUCCAAGAAAAGCCAUGCACUGAGGAAGAGCUUGACGCCAGCACCACUGGCAGCAGCUCAGGAACGCUGGAGCCCAACAGAUGUUACCGCCUCGCAGUACACACUUUCAAUUUUGAAAAGGAAACCUGGUCGACUUUUGCAUUCACACACCUUUUCUUUAGAAACACUUCCCUCGAAGACCCUAUUCAGGUCAAUGUGACCGACCAGACAACUAAUUCAGCCAUCCUUUGGUGGGAUCCCCCCAAAGCCCUCUCGGCAUGCCCCAAUGCCCUGAAGAAAUACAUCAUCUGCUACAGAAAUGAACAGGCCAGGAACAUGACCUACUGUGAAGCCAACGCCUCAGAAACGCGUUACACGAUUGUGGGCCUUCAGCCGGAGACCACCUACCGGGUUGGGGUUUGGGCCUCUACAGAUGAAGGAGAAAAUGCCUGCCAAGCCCUCCAGGACUUCCUAACCAGUCCACCAGAGCCCAAGACAGUGACUUUGGCCCUGAGUUUCUGGUAUUUGGGGAUUUUCGGAGGUCUCCUGACUGCCACAAGCAUCUUCUGUUUGGGCAAGAAAAGGGCCAAGAAGGUGCUGUGUUCGGCCCUGCCGGAUCCUGCGAACACUGAAGCUGUCAAGAUCCACACUGCCACCGAGACAGCUCAGGUGCAACUACAGCUGCGGUUUCUAGAACCUCUGGAGUCCAGCAGCCCUACCAAGCCUUUCCUUGUAGAAUUGCCAUCCAAAGAAGAGCCAUCUGCCAACACAAAGGUGAACUCCCUGGGCUGCGCCAGAGCAGUGGAAGAAUUUCUGCCUUCCAAGGAGGAUCAGGUGGGCUCUGCCACUGUCUUGCCAUUGGAGUACAAUAGCCAAGGGCUUCUGAACCCCGCGGAUGAUGACCAGCAAGGACAAGAAGGAUGGGGAGAAUUCACAGGUUUCUCCUCUAAAGCGAGAGCAGGCGGCUCUCUGCUCUCUCCAAAUGAUGUAAAGGUUGUAGACAGCACAGCCCCUCUUCAGGCACCAGCCCCGCUGUCCUUGAUGCUGCUGGAUACAGUGGUGGUGACUAGGGACAGUGGUGGAGGGGGCAGUUCUGGGGCUUCAGCCUAAGGCCGUUCCAUUUCUUACGGGCAUCAGCAGCACUGCCUUGCUGGCUUGAACAGAAACCAAGCUGGAGGAAUGCGAUAAAGGCAGCAGCUGUCCUGAAAAACUACAGCCUUUUUGUUUCCAAACCAUGAGAUCCCAUCUUAGCAGCCUUCUCUUCUUGCUUGCCACUGAUCCAUUCUUAGCAAAAUCUCUCUCUCUCUCCCCCUUUCACCAUGUAGGUUUUUAUAAGCCCUAGAGCACACAGGGUCAAACCUGUUCCACUAGCAGUGGCACUCUGCUAUGGUGCAAGGAAUUUUCUGCUGGAGCAAAAGACUCAGGGCCAAGCUACAAGUGACGAAUGA